AUUAUAAAUCUCUGCAAAAUUUAAUUUUUAGUCAAUAAUUUUAUUUAUUAUUCCAGAGAAGUUAAAAUACAAGAUGAACACCGAAGCGGUGGCUCAGCUUGUUCAGGUGCUGGAGAAGACCAUCUCCCCCGACCAGGCGGAGCUCAAGGCCGCGCAACACUUCCUAGAAUCUGCUGCUCAAACUAACCUACCGGAGCUCAUUAAAACAUUAUCAGAUGUGCUCUACCAGGGAGGAAACAGUGCUGUUGUAAGACAGCAGGCUGGAGUCCAGCUGAAGAACUUCCUCUAUACUAAUGACGAGAGCUUGAGGGCUCACUACGAGGAGAGAUGGCUCGCUAUGCCGGAAGAUAUACGCAACUAUACGAAGGCGAACGUUGUGAACACGCUUGGGACAGAAAGUUUUCGUCCGAGCGCUGCAGCUCAGUGUAUCCAGCUGAUUGCUAUGGUAGAGCUGCCCAGAGGAUUGUGGCCGGGUUUGAUCAGUAUCCUAGUACACAACGUGACAGAUCCAGAGAGUACAUCAGUUCUCAAGGAGUGUACUCUCCAGGCUAUAGGAUAUAUCUGCCAGGAUGUCGACUCAAGAUGUUUGGAGGAAGGAUCCAAUGAGAUCCUGACCGCUAUUGUCCAUGGUAUGCGCAGAGAUGAACCCAGUAACCAGGUUAAACUUGCUUCAACCAACGCUCUGCUCAACUCCCUCGAGUUCACCCGGGGCAACUUCGAGAAGGAGACUGAAAGACAUUUCAUCAUGCAGGUCGUCUGUGAAGCCACACAGAACCUUGACGUACAGGUUAAAGUUUCUGCUCUACAGUGUUUGGUGAAGAUUAUGUCCCUUUACUAUCAGUAUAUGGAGGCAUAUAUGGGCCAGGCAUUAUUUGCGAUAACCCUGGAUGCCAUGAGAGCUGAACAGGACGAGGUUGCUCUCCAGGGCAUAGAGUUCUGGUCUAAUGUUUGUGACGAGGAAGUUGAUCUACAGAUAGAGGCUAGCGAGGCUACAGAGGCUGGUCGACCUCCAGAACAUGUUUCUAGAUUCUAUGCUAAGGGAGCUCUUCAAUUCCUAGUUCCUGCUCUUAUGCAAUCCCUCUGCAAACAGGAAGAGUUUGAUGAUGAGGAUGACUGGAACCCGUACAAAGCUGCAGGAGUGUGUAUGAUGCUGCUGGCUACCUGCUGUGAGGAUGAUAUAGUUCCUCAUGUUCUACCCUUUGUCAAGGAUAAUAUCAAGGACGCAGACUGGAGACACAGGGAUGCUGCUCUUAUGGCGUUUGGUUGUAUCCUGGAAGGUCCUGAUCCAGUCCAGCUCAAACCCCUAGUGGAGCAAGCUAUGCCUAUGCUCAUUGAAACCAUGAAGGACUCCUCUGUAGUAGUCAAGGAUACUGCUGCCUGGACUAUUGGUAGAGUAUGUGAACUUAUUCCUGAGGCGGCUAUCAAUCCAACCACUCUCCAGCCACUUCUUGAAGCUCUGGUUACUGGCCUCUCUGCUGAGCCUCGUGUUGCCUCUAAUGUCUGUUGGGCGUUCUCUUCCCUAGCGGAGGCUGCCUACGACUCUGCGGAUAGGAUGGAGGAUGAGGAGACACCUAGAACCUAUUGUCUCUCCCCCUUCUUCUCCCCAAUUGUAGAGAAGUUGCUAUGGGUGACAGACCGCGAGGAUGCUGGAUCUUCAAACCUCCGCGCAGCUGCGUAUGAGGCUCUCAUGGAAACUGUGAAGAACUCCCCGAAGGACUGCUACGACACUGUGCAAAAGACCACUGUGAUUAUCCUUCAACGUCUUCAGCAAGUUCUACAGAUGGAAACCCAUAUUCAGAACCAGACUGACCGGGCGCAGUUCAACGACCUGCAGUCCCUGCUCUGCGCAACUCUGCAGUCUGUUCUGCGCAAGGUUGAGCCUGCGCACGCGCCCGCAAUAUCUGAUACGAUUAUGACAGCUCUUCUGCAGAUGUUCCAGUCUUCAACCCAAACACGCGCCGGAGGAGUACAGGAAGACGCGCUAAUGGCAGUAGCAACUCUUGUUGAGGUUCUUGGAGAGUCUUUUAUCAAGUAUAUGGAGGCGUUCAAACCCUUCCUUCUGAUAGGGUUGAAAAAUAUUGCAGAAUAUCAGGUCUGUCAUGCAUCAGUUGGUUUAGUAGGAGAUAUCUGUAGAGCACUGGGAAACAAGAUCACCCUCUUCAGUGACGAGAUCAUGGAGGUUCUCAUGUCAAACCUCAGUGAUAACUCAGUUCACAGAACAGUGAAACCGCAGAUUCUCUCCGUAUUCGGAGAUAUGGCGCUGGCCGUUGGACCCGAGUACGUCAAGUAUCUUGAUGUUGUCAUGACAACCCUGAUGCAGGCUAGUCAGUGUCAGGUGGAUAGAUCAGAUUUCGAUAUGAUUGACUAUCUGAACGAGUUGAGAGAAGGAUGCCUUGAAGCGUAUACAGGAAUUAUCCAAGGACUGAAGGGAGAUGAGAAUACACCAACUGAUGCUCUAGUCCGAGUACAACCUCAUGUAGCGUACAUAGUUCAGUUUAUUACUGUAGUAGCACAGGAUUCAGAGCACAGUGACGCUAGUGUAGCAGCAUCAGCAGGUUUAAUCGGAGAUCUGUGUGCUGCCUUUGGAAAGGAUAUUGUGAGUAUGCUUGAUGUUGAACCCAUCUCAGAGCUACUCACACAGGGUCGCAGGUCUAAGAUGACCAAGACAAAAACCCUGUCGACCUGGGCAACCAAGGAGAUCAGAAAACUUAAGAAUGCGUCCAGUACUGGACCCUGAGAUGUGUGUUGAAAUGAUAUGAACUGUUAGUGACCUACUCCCAACUCUAGUCAAGGGUUGGAGAACUCUCCUGACUGGGAACUCUGCAGCAUCGAGGUUGCAGAGUUCUAAACCUGAAGGCUGUGAUAUUCGUUGACUAGUGAUUAUGUGACUUGUGAUGACGUUUGCGUGUGACAACAUUUCAUUCUAACCUUGUUGUCAUUGUGUGUUCUAUCCGCGAUAUUAUUCUGAUCCAACCCUGCUCCGUACUGGGCGUAAUACAGGCAGCAGGAGCAUACCAAUCCUGUUAUGUUAAACCUGGUGUAUACAACUAGAUAAUUGAUACGUUUGGAGCAAUGGAUUGGAGGAAACUGAGUUUGUGUACAAAUUGUUGUUGACCAAGGAUGCUAUUUGAACCCUGAAACUUGAGGCUGUGCUAGUGUUUGACCGGUGUGAUAAAUGGGUGUCUUGAGACCCCGUCUAGGUCCAGUGUGGGUAUCCAUGGUAGAGUGUUGUGACCCUGGAGCCCGGUCUUGUAUUCGUUAUAUUCAUUCUGUUGAGAGAACCUGAUGUGUGAACACUGAUUUAUUCAUUUAUAUCUUCUUGUUUCUCUAUUGUUUCCAUUUCUCUAGAAUGAAGAUUACAAACUAAGAGUUUGUACAAUCUUUAGUUUGUGAUAAUCACGAAAUUAAUUUUAAACAUUUGAAUCUAUUGAAGUAGAUAUUAUGUAAACGCAUGUAUGAGAAUAAAUUGUAUUUUAUUUCUUAA